GCCCACAGUUAUCUAACAUCAACUACCCUCAACCCUGAAGCUCUCUCAGUAAUUAAAUACUCUCAAAGACUAAAGAUCCCAGAUUUGAUCUAAAUACAUGAAAUCAAAACCAGAGUGAGUAAGAAAGAAAGACGGAACUCGAUCACUCUUGUCGAUGGCGAAGCAGGCCAACAAUGCGUGGAUUAUGCAGAAGAAGAAAUGGUCUCUGGUGGUUCUGGCAUUGUUUUCUCUCUCCACCGCUAUGGUUUUCUUCAUGAGAACCGCGUUUGAUUCCUGCAACGCAAAUAGUAGCGGCAGUCGUUUUGAAGAUGAUAAUAGAGCCGCAGCCGAGGCGGUGAGAGUUGUCCGGAACGACGCCGGACCGAGCCCUCUGCGGUUCAUGAAGUCGAAGCUGGUUCUGUUGGUCUCACACGAGCUCUCUCUUUCCGGGGGUCCUUUGUUGUUGAUGGAGCUGGCGUUCUUGUUGAGAGGGGUGGGAUCGGAGGUUGUUUGGAUAACAAGCCAAAAGCCACCGGAAUCCGACGAGGUGAUUUACAGUUUGGAGAAUAAAAUGCUGGACCGAGGAGUACAGGUCCUCUCUGCAAAGGGUCAAAAGGCUAUAGAUACAGCUCUUAAGGCAGAUUUGGUCAUUUUAAAUACUGCUGUUGCUGGAAAAUGGCUGGAUGCUGUUCUCAGGGAAAACGUUCCUCAUGUUCUUCCUAAGGUGUUGUGGUGGAUUCAUGAAAUGCGAGGGCAUUAUUUCAAUGUGGAGUAUGUUAAGCACCUCCCUUUUGUUGCAGGUGCCAUGAUUGAUUCACACACAACAGCAGAAUAUUGGAAAAAUAGGACUCGGGAACGUUUAGGGAUUAAAAUGCCUAAAACCUAUGUUGUGCACCUUGGAAAUAGCAAGGAGCUAAUGGAAGUUGCAGAAGAUAGUGUAUCCAGGAGGGUUCUCCGUGAACAUGUCCGAGAGUCUCUUGGAGUGCGGAAUGAAGAUCUACUCUUUGCCAUCAUAAACAGUGUUUCACGUGGGAAAGGUCAGGAUCUAUUUCUUCGCGCUUUUCAUGAAAGUCUGCAAUUCGUCAAGGAGAAGAAAUUGCAAGUGCCAUCUAUGCAUGCAGUAAUAGUGGGAAGUGACAUGGAUAAGCAGACUAAAUUUGAAACGGAACUGCGAAACUUUGUGAUAGAAAAGAAGCUUCAGGAUUGUGUUCACUUUGUGAACAAAACCCUGACUGUGGCUCCUUAUCUGGCUUCUAUUGACGUUCUUGUUCAAAAUUCUCAGGCUCGAGGAGAGUGCUUUGGAAGGAUAACUAUUGAAGCAAUGGCCUUUCAGCUACCUGUACUGGGCACAGCAGCUGGGGGAACCAUGGAGAUUGUAGUGAAUGGCUCAACCGGACUGCUGCAUCCUGUUGGUAAAGAAGGUGUGGCAUCGCUGACAAAUAACAUCAUAAAAUUGGCCACACAUGUAGAAAGGAGAUUGACAAUGGGCAAGAAGGGACACGAGAGAGUGAAGGAAAGAUUUCUGGAACCGCACAUGGUGCAAAGGAUCGCUUUAGUUUUAAGGGAGGUGUUGCAGAAAGCAAAGAGCCACGCCAAUUCCUAAUUUGCAGGAGCCCAAAAAUGUUUGCCCCACCACCGAUCCUUGACAGAAGGAUGUGCCUCAUACUUUUGUAAGUCAUUUGUAUCAUAUGUAGCAAGAUAUGGUAAAUAGAGAAAGUGAUAUGGAUACCAGCAAGUCAAGUCUGGUCAUUUGAGUUGCUAAAUGUUUAUUCAUCAAUGGUAUACAUACAGUUUUGCAAAUGUAAAAAUCUGUCUCACUCAAUCGUAUUCAAUUUUCUCUUUA